AUGGCGUCGACGGGGAUCCUGAGCCUAAAGAACGACACCCUAUUCGAGCUCUUUGCGCUGGUCGCAGCGACAGAUCCGCCACAUGCGUUGCCGUGGGGGGAUCCCGGACCUCUCAAGUACCACAUCGGCUGGGUGCGACUAUCUCACGUCUGCCGACUGUGGCGAAAGCUACUCGUCGAUGAGAUGCCGAGCUUGUGGGCUCGCAUUGCGUGUCGACUACCCCGCGCGCUCGACACUGUACUCUCGCGUGCCCAGGACCAGCCUCUGAUAUUGACCACCGACAUCACCUGGGGAUCAAGUCUGAGGCUCCCUCCAAAGCAUGACCUUCACGAUCGCCUAUACGAACUCUGCAUCACGCACAUUACUCGCGCAGGCAACUUGGAUGCACAAAAUGUGUCAAUGGACUGGGUGGGGCCCCUGAGCGGUAAAUACCUACCGCUGCUCAAGAAGAUCGAUGCGUAUCAUCUCCGGCCAUGGGGCGACCAGACUCCUACAGCCUCUUUGUUUCCUCUCGACGCUCCGAACCUCAAAUCGGUUAGACUACGGGACAUCGCGGUGACAUUCACGUCGCAGUCGAUCCGCGAGCUCACGCUUAACGGGCGGGAAAUAUUCUCUCAUGAGCAGUGGUCUUUGAUCGACGUGCUGGGGUCCCUGCGCACGUCGCUCGAGUUUCUCGAACUAGAGAUGCGCCCGCCAAAGGCGAUAAACUGGCGAGCCCAGGCCACAGCGCCCUUCACCCUCGAGCGUCUGAAGCAUAUCCACUUGUACGGCAGUGGAAAUGCCAACCUCACCGAGCUCGUCACUCUCUUAGGUGUGACGGUGCCUCUCGAAGACCACAACUACUACGCGCAUCUUGAGCCGGAAGGGUGGGAGCGCUUCGUAUAUGGAUUCGGACCCAUCCUACGCCAGCCAUCGUUCAACGCGCUACACCUCACGGACGACGGCAGGGUGUUUGCGAGCACGUUUGUUGCCAUCGAGAACCCCGAGCAUUACCCGUCCAGCGCAUCGCAGGAGGCUAGCCUAGAAGUCGAGUACGCGGGCGACGGCGCGAGAGCGAAGGCUAUUACAACCGGUCUACUGAAGCACCUCGAACACCCGUGUAUCGAGCAGAUCAUCUUCGCAACGGAUGCUCCUGACGAGCGACUCGGCGACAUCCGUGAUGCGCUUCGUCCCUUCGAGGCCGUCACAUCGUUCGCCGCGCUCUCGCAUCAUUCGCUCAAAGUACUGCGCGCUGGUGACGAUGAUCACGGUCCCAUCCUCCCGUCCUUGUCGCUGCUUGUCGCUUCAAUGGAGGAAAAGUACGGCGACGACAAAUGGGAUGCUGAGAGUCUAAAGGCAUGGUGGGAUAUGCUGUGCGAUAUACUCGAGGAUCGCGUCCGCGCUGGUCUAACAGCUCCCCGCAUCCGGUUAUGCAGCAAUGCGACGCCUAUUGCUGUGACGGAGGCCUUGAAAGGGGUAGACGAAGAGGGACUGGCGCGACUGAAGGAGCUUGUGCCGGGGCUUGAGGAUACACGCAAGAUCUUCGAGGCAGCCAAGAAAGAAUCUCCGUAA